AUGUUUUUUUGUUGUUUUGUCAUCUUAUCUCCAAAUUCUCAGGUGUUGUAAGCAAAUAAAAUCAACCAGCAAAGCAUGUGAUGCAUGACAUUUGCUCGAUCAUCAAUCGAUACGAACCGUCGUCCUCCUGACCAGUACCAUUUGGUGACCUCCCAGGUGAUACACUCAUACACACAUACAUACGCAUAGCUUCGUGAUCCUCGCGAGAGCACGCACCGCCCAAACAAAAAGGAGCAAAUCUAUAAAAAGCAGAGCAAAUUAUGUUGCUAUAAUCAGUUCGUUUUCGCUGCCCAUCACCGUUGCAAGUUCGGUUGCGCGCGCUCGUUUCGCAGUUUUUCCACCUCCGAUGCACGCCUGAGUUCUCUGCCGAACGCGACCCAGCAUGAUUCUACAGUUGCUGCUGCUGUACGUGUGCUUUAGGGCCAGCACGGCCGGAUACGUAUCCGUCCAGUUACCGUACGGCAAUCCAGCCGGUAUCAACUAUGUGAGCGGUCAGUCCCACUACCAGGCUGGUUUGCUGGCCGGCCCAACUCGGUACUCAGUUCCAGCAGCCGCGCACCAGUAUCCGGUUCAGAACGUCCAAGUGCUGGGAACUCCUUCGUAUUAUUCGUACAAUCUGCCUACUCCGGUGUCGGUUCCAGCUAAUCCGUUCCAUGGGUACGGUUAUGGACAUGCGGCGUUUACUCCUGUUUCGUAUGGACCUUCAUACGCACGACCUUCCGUGGUUACCGUUGCCCAACAGCAGCCUGUGCAUCCGGUUGUUUCCUACGGAACAGUUGCUCGUCCUUCCGUCGUUGCAGUGGCCCAUCCUCAACCUGUUCAACCGGUGGUUACGCAAUAUCACGGACACAGUGUUCCAACGGCAACCGUUGUGCCCGUCCAUGUUCCAGCGGUGACCGUAAGACCGGUAGCACCGAUUGCCCCUGUGGCACCAGUUCACACAACGACAAUAACGAAAACGGUUACGGAGGAAAAUUCCGUAUAUGCUAGUACGGAGCAACCACUUCCCGUGAUCAAGUCCCGCCGAUAUAAGGUCAGGAGACCAGCCAUUCAGAAUCAGUUCUACGAUAUUGAAGAACGCGUCAUCAUUCGUCCGGUUGGAAGUGCUUUGGUAGAGCUGGAACAACCCGUUUCGAAGACUGAAACAAGCGUCAGGACUCACACUGUUCAAACACAAUCAGAGGACGGUGUAAAUGAUUUCGGUCAAGGUCAAGGUCAUACCGUAACAACAGUGACCCAGAAACCACAGGUCAUUCAAACUCACACCGUUUACCAUCAAACGCCGGUGGCACAGGUUCCUGUAAGUGCUUAUGAUCAAGGCCAAGGUCAUACUGUGACUACUGUUACUCAGAAACCGCAGGUCUUCCAGACCCACACCGUUUACCAUCAAACGCCGGUGGCGCAGGUUCCUGUAAGUGCUCAUGGUCAAGGUCAUACAAUAACAACAGUGACCCAGAAACCGGUUGUUCAAACUAAUACCGUUUACCAUCAAACACCAGUGGCGCAGGUUCCUGUUAGUGCUUAUGAUCAAGGCCAAGGUCAUACUGUAACCACCGUGACCCAGAAACCGCAGGUCUUCCAGACCCACAACGUUUACCAUCAAACGCCGGUGGCGCAGGUUCCUGUACAAGCUCCGAAACCUGUAAUUGUCCAUUCUAGCACUGCUGGUCAUGUCGUUCCGCAAGCUUUCGUACCUCAAUAUCAACCGAUAGUGCCUCAGUAUCAGCAACCGUUCUAUGUGAAUCAAUUUCAGCCGGUCUACUACCCAACGAGUACGUAUCCAGUGCCGGUGACCACAUUCAAACCGGCCGUUGUCACUACACCUGCCCCUACUACAGUUAUUCCCAGUACGACUGACUCUGGUAAUGUCUAUUACGACGACGACUCCGUAGUAAUUGAGGCCCGUAGUGGCGGCCGAACGAUACACGUGGAGACCUCUUCAGAAGCCCCGCUUGAGCACUCGACGGCACAAGGACCGCUCAAGUAUAGUAGGAAAUGUGACGACCAAACCGUUGACGACCCUCCAAAACGAGGAGAUAUUGCCAUUACUUAUGCAACCGAAGCCACCCACCAGAGCUUGUCCGACUACCAGGAGAACUCAACGGAACAACCGACCACGGAGCAACAAGCAGAAGCUACGACCACGACGGUAGCUCCGGUCAGAGGAAUUGAAAUCACUGCCCGUCUUGCCUUGGGAGGCGAAAAUCAGUCUCAGUCCGCCCAGCUGCAGUCCAAUUCUCGAAGUGCCAACUUCAACGAGGUUAGCUCAUCCACCCCAAGUGUCAUCAUCACCAACAGGGGCUCCUCCGAGCAAGUCCGUACCAAUCAGGAGCAAUUCAUUAAACUACUAUCUGAGAGAGAUUCCAUUGCGGAAGUAAGCUACGGACCCAACACGGAUUCGUCCAGCAGCCUCAUCAACACCUACGUCAGAAGUCGAGUUCUGUCCGCUACACCUGCACCACAAAAUGCAAAAGAAACCAGCAAAACCGUCAACAUCCGUCGAAUCAUAGUGUCCAGACCCAUCGAGACGGAACAAGAAGUUGAGGUUCGAGAGCAGUCGUACCCCUCGCAUGGUUACAAACGACAAACGACAUCCAGCUCAGAGCAAUUUCCCAUCUACACCACUGCCAAACCGCCAGCGUUUGCCGAUGACGACAACGUGAAAUAAAGUGUUGCAUUUAAACGAAAACGAGUCAAAUAAAGUUGUUACUAAAAGCAAA